UUGUCGGAAAUGCAUGUUUUGUGGAAUUGAUUUACAACAAGAAAAAUGUAAUUGUGACUUGUCUAAUGUACCAUGUAGAGGUAACCGAACAGAUACUGUAAAAUACGCAUUUACAAGAAUCUUUGAUCCGAAUUGGAUUAAAGAAAAAGUAGACUUUGUCCAGCAAAAAAUAAAAUAUUAUAAUUAUUCAUUAAGUUCAAAAGAGUAUUUUAGUUUUACUUUGUGCACUCGCUGCAAUAGUAUUUUGUUAAGAUUAUCCUCAAAAGCAAUAAAGACCCAAGUACAAAGUACUAUAACCGAUUCAGAAAAUUUUAAAACAAAUUAG